CGCCGGUUCAUGUCCGAAGGUCAGCGCAGCGGGAGCAGGGGCCGGAGGGAACGCAGCGUGGAGGCUGCAAGGCUGCGGCAGGGAUUCCACACGUGGCAGUCCUUGCUGUUAGAUCCCAGGCAACAUGGCGAGCCUCCUACGUACAGCAGUUAUCAGCUGCUCAAAUCCUCUCUUCAGCAAUGUGAUGUCACGAAAAGUGCAGACUGUGAAGAUGCCAUGCUUGCGAAUGUUCCAAACCCAUCAGAUACUCUGGUGUCAGGCACCUGUAAAACCAGGAAUCCCAUAUAAGCAGUUGACUGUGGGUGUUCCUAAGGAGAUAUUCCAGAACGAGAAGAGGGUGGCAUUGUCGCCAGCUGGUGUUCAGGCUUUGAUUAAACAAGGAUUCAAUGUUGUAGUGGAAUCAGGUGCUGGAGAAGCUUCCAAAUUCUCUGAUGACCACUACAGGGAGGCAGGAGCAAAGAUCCAAGGGACCAAGGAAGUAUUGGCUUCUGAUUUAGUACUCAAAGUGAGGGCUCCUAUAGUUAACCCUGCACUAGGAGUACAUGAGGCAGAUCUUUUUAAGACAGCUGCUACCCUGAUUAGUUUUAUCUACCCAGCUCAAAACCCAGACCUACUGAAUAAACUUGCAGAAAGGAAAACUACUGUCUUGGCUAUGGAUCAGGUUCCGCGGGUCACCAUUGCUCAGGGAUAUGAUGCUCUAAGCUCCAUGGCCAACAUUGCUGGUUACAAGGCUGUUGUACUAGCAGCAAAUCACUUUGGUCGAUUUUUCACUGGUCAGAUCACAGCUGCUGGUAAAGUUCCUCCUGCCAAGGUCCUUAUAAUUGGAGGGGGAGUUGCGGGGCUAGCUUCUGCAGGAGCAGCUAAAUCAAUGGGCGCAGUGGUUCGUGGAUUUGAUACCAGAGCUGCAGCUUUGGAGCAAUUCAAAUCUCUUGGUGCUGAGCCUUUAGAAGUGGAUUUAAAGGAAUCUGGAGAGGGGCAAGGCGGGUACGCAAAAGAAAUGUCCAAAGAGUUUAUUGAAGCUGAAAUGAAACUUUUUGCCAAACAAUGCCAAGAAGUUGACAUCAUCAUCAGUACAGCUCUUAUUCCUGGUAAAAAAGCUCCUAUCUUGUUUCGUAAAGACAUGAUUGAAUCAAUGAAAGAAGGUUCAGUUGUUGUGGAUUUAGCUUCAGAAGCAGGAGGAAACUUUGAAACUACUAAGCCAGGAGAGCUUUACAUUCACAAGGGAGUUACGCAUAUAGGUUACACAGACCUUCCAAGUAGAAUGGCUACCCAGGCCAGUACUUUGUACUCCAACAAUGUUACCAAACUUCUAAAGGCUAUAAGUCCUGACAAGGAAAACUUCUACUUUGAUCUGAAGGACCAAUUUGACUAUGGCACUCUGGACCAUGUUGUUAGAGGCACUGUGGUAAUGAAGGAUGGCAAGGUGAUUUUUCCAGCACCUCCACCAAACAACAUUCCUCAGGGAGUUCCUGUGAAACAGAAGAGUGUGGCUGAGCUGGAAGCUGAGAAAGCAGCCACGAUCACACCUUUUAGAAAAACUAUGACUGCUGCAUCUGCAUAUACUGCAGGUCUGACUACCUUGCUGGGACUGGGCAUUGCAGCUCCUAAUUCUGCAUUCCCACAGAUGGUGACAACGUUUGGUUUAGCUGGAAUAGUAGGGUACCACACGGUCUGGGGUGUGACCCCAGCUCUUCACUCUCCACUCAUGUCUGUGACUAAUGCCAUCUCAGGACUGACUGCAGUUGGUGGGUUGGCAUUGAUGGGAGGGAACUAUUUCCCUGGAAGUACUCCUCAAGGUCUUGCUGUGCUUGCUGCUUUUGUUUCAUCUGUCAACAUUGCAGGUGGCUUUCUGGUUACACAGAGAAUGCUGGAUAUGUUCAAGCGUCCUACUGAUCCUCCGGAAUACAAUUACCUGUACCUGCUCCCUGCUGGUGUCUUUGUAGGGGGAUAUGCAGCUGCUCUCCAGGGUGGCUAUAAUAUUGAACAGAUGAUCUAUCUGGGCUCAGGCUUGUGUUGUGUUGGUGCUCUGGCUGGUCUGUCCACUCAAGGAACUGCUCGUCUGGGUAACGCUUUGGGUAUGAUAGGUGUUGCUGGAGGUUUGGCGGCUACUCUUGGAGGCCUUAAACCAUCACCAGAAUUGUUGGCUCAGAUGUCAGGUGCAAUGACCCUUGGUGGCACCAUAGGUUUGACAAUUGCUAAACGCAUCCAGAUUUCAGAUUUACCUCAGCUAGUGGCUGCUUUCCAUAGUUUGGUAGGUUUGGCUGCUGUGCUCACCUGCGUAGCAGAGUACAUGAUUGAGUAUCCUCACUUCGCUACUGAUCCAGCUGCAAACCUCACCAAGAUUGUGGCGUAUCUUGGCACAUACAUUGGUGGUGUGACUUUCAGUGGCUCCCUCAUAGCUUACGGGAAACUGCAAGGUGUCCUGAACUCUGCACCACUCCUUCUGCCAGGACGGCACUUACUGAAUGCAAGUUUGCUGGCUGCCAGUGUUGGUGGAAUGAUUCCAUAUAUGAUUGAUCCUAGUUACACUACAGGACUUACCUGUUUAGGUUCAGUGUCGGCACUCUCUGCUAUUAUGGGUGUCACUUUAACAGCAGCUAUAGGAGGUGCUGACAUGCCUGUAGUUAUUACUGUACUGAACAGUUAUUCUGGAUGGGCUCUGUGUGCUGAAGGCUUCCUGCUCAACAACAACUUGCUGACCAUUGUUGGUGCUCUCAUUGGUUCCUCUGGUGCCAUCCUCUCUUACAUCAUGUGUGUGGCCAUGAAUCGUUCUCUUGCCAAUGUCAUACUUGGUGGCUAUGGUACCACUUCAACAGCUGGUGGGAAACCUAUGGAAAUUACUGGUACUCACACAGAAGUCAACUUGGACAAUGCAGUUGAAAUGAUAAGGGAGGCCAAUAGUAUUAUCAUUACUCCAGGAUAUGGUCUGUGUGCAGCGAAAGCUCAGUACCCCAUAGCUGACCUGGUGAAGAUGCUGAAAGAACAAGGCAAACAUGUCAGGUUUGGUAUUCACCCUGUGGCUGGUCGGAUGCCUGGUCAGCUGAAUGUGCUCCUAGCAGAAGCAGGUGUGCCAUAUGAUAUUGUGCUGGAAAUGGAUGAGAUCAAUGAAGACUUCCCAGAAACUGACCUGGUCCUUGUAAUUGGUGCUAAUGAUACAGUUAAUUCAGCAGCUCAAGAAGAUCCUAACUCUAUCAUUGCUGGAAUGCCAGUUCUAGAAGUUUGGAAGUCAAAACAGAUCAUUGUUAUGAAGAGAUCUUUGGGUGUCGGUUAUGCAGCUGUGGACAAUCCAAUCUUUUACAAACCUAACACCGCUAUGCUUUUAGGAGAUGCCAAGAAGACCUGUGAUGCCCUGCAGGCCAAAGUCAGAGAAUCCUACCAGAUGUAAAUACUGAUAAUCACCUAUCAAAGUUAAUAUUUGGCCAGUAUGAAAAACAAAAACCGUUAUUUUGUACAUCAGAAUGUAAGGCAAAGUUAUGAGAAAAAAAACAAGUACACAAAUUGGCUUAUAUAAUUUUGACAUCUGAAAAAAAUCAAUACUUUGCUAAGGGUCUAGAAAAACCUGAAUUGUGUUUCUGUUGUGGGUUUUAUGGAUGCU